AUGAAGAGACGAAUAGGCAGUGUCAACACUCUACACCAACAAUGCUCAACAAUGCUGAUAAGGUUUGAUAAGACAUACCUGAUGCGAGUUCAGAUUCCUUAUGAGGACCCUUUGGUUGUCAGUUUGACAGUAGCAGAGUGUUUAGUACGAAGAGUGCUAAUUGAUCCGGGGAGUAGUGCAAAUAUCAUGCCAAGGGUCACCUUUGAUCGCCUAGAAAUCAAUCUAAAGGAGUUGAAGUCUACUGGAAACCCACUGUUGGGGUUUGAUGGCAAAGGGGUAGAACCGAUCGGCACAGUGGAGUUGAUGGUCCGUGCAGCUGAAAGGAACCUUGUCGAAAGUUUCGUGGUGGUGGAAAUCCAUCCCUCCUACAAUCUGCUGAUGGGGAGGGGGUGGAUCCAUAGGGUACAAGGAGUCCCAUCGACCCUACAUCAGAAGCCUCCCCUCAGUAUGAAUGGAGAGGAGGAGCUUCUGGUGCUGACCGAGGAACCACUGGUUGAAGUUCAAAUUGAUCAUUUAAGCCCAGAUUGGUCCAGAAAGAUAGGUUUCGGGCUUGCCGAGGAAGAAAAACGUCAAUUAGUUGAUUUCCUUUCCGAGAACGCUGAUGUAUUCGCUUGGAGCCAUCUCGACAUGCCAGGGAUCGACCCAUCAGUCUCUUGCCAUAUUCUUAAUGUAGAUCCGAACGUCAAGCCAGUGAGGCAGAAGUAG